UUCAGUCCAACUCGAUCGACGGUUACGAGUGGAGUUGUUGCGCGCUGUUGUUGCUCGAUCUCCGGGAAAGGUGCGCUCCUCCUAACUUUGUAAGAUUUGCGAUCGUUCCGAAAAUCUCGGGCAAUAGUGCCGUCCGCCGCCGUUGUAAAAUGUGCGACUUGGUGUUCUAAAUAUCGAACCAACCAGAAGAGAUUGUGGUCGUGAGGUUGAAUACCCGGGGGAUUGAUUAGUGAAGGGCGGGUUUUGUGCUCAGUCAAAAGUUCCGUCCGUGUGCGCUUCUGGGAAAAAGAAAAUCAACGUCGUCGAUGCGGUUUUUAGCAUUUUCAUGGCUAAAUUAUAUGUAUAUGAUGGGAUGAUGCUGGCUAGCCUAUGUAUCUGCGAAGCAUAUUCUUGGAUUGAUCUUGGUCUUUUUCUUGCGGUGGGAGCACUUCCCGGGAGCUGCGGUUUGAACAACUGUUCCAGAUUGCCCUUUGCUUCAGGCCGCUUAAUGACCAACGGGUGAAGAGCAUUAGAUAGUUGUCGGAGGCUUUUUAGUAAAUUUGAGUAAUCAUUUUGCUGCUUAACAAUCCUAUCUUUGAAUUGCUACGAGUCUCAAGGCCUUUCUAUGAGUCGUGCAGUGAGUGGGUUGGCGGCUAAUUGAAUUAAGAAGAGCUAUUCAUUAAUUGAAGAAAGCCUGUAGCGUUAUUCAUGUGAGCUAGGUAUGUGUGCUCUAAAUUGGCUUCAAAUUGAAUAAUUACGGAUGGUGUAUCCCAAUAAUGUCUAUGGAAACAGUGAAGUGUGGAUAUUGCUUUUGCGUUUGGACUUUAAGUAUUCAUCAGCAUCCCAGAGCGUAUGAUCGAUCGAAUUUCGCCUGAAAAGGAAUGCUGCUAACGAUCACCACCAGUGCAAAAGUUGAAACUUUCGGGAAAGGCAAAUUGAACACGUCCCAAUUCGAGCCGGAAUUUUGUCAUCGUAGCAGCUACUUUUCCCUGACGGCUUAGUUGUUGUAUAUCGGACCGAGAACCUUGAAUCUCGAACACCCAAAAAAAACAUGAGAGCAUAGAGAUGUCCAGCAGAGACAACUCCUACAGCUACGCUCUGGGCGACUGGAUAUGUCCGGCGAGAGGAUGCAUCUGAAAAUCCUUACAUCGUGCAGGAAUGAAACAAGAGACACACAGAAAGAGAACCGGACAUCAAAGAAAAAAAUCAUCGUCUGCGGAGAAAACAAUGCUGCGGCUGAAUGAAGGCUGAGCCUUUUUUUCUUCUCUAGCAGUUUGUAAUAGAAACACAAAUUCCAUCCACCAUGACGGUUCAGACGAUACUGGACGCGCCGCCGCAGCAAGUUCACCAUCAUCACCAUCACAACCACCGGUACCACCAUCAGCAACAUCAUGAUCCGGCCUACAACAUCACCAGUGCCGAGGCGGAAGAUUACAACAGUGACAACAGCAUAGCGGUGCUGCAACAUCACCAUCGCCAUAUGCCAUCGACCAGUUCCAGUUCCUGUGAUAACACCAAGCAGCCCUCGAUGAUGCAGGGUUCCAGUUUGCCCGGCUCAUGCGACGAAAACACCCCCAGUGUGCUGGAUAUUAACCUAGAUAGUAAUAAGAAAAUAGCUUUAUCCAAUAAUUCCAAUAAUUCAAGACUGAACUCCCCGGCUCGGUAUACCACGAGCGACGAGCGAAAGUACAGCAACCGGAUCGAGGUGUACAGCGAUUCCGGUGGCGGCACCAAGCUGGAGGAGGAAAUCAUUUCGGAAGACGAUCGGGGACCGCCGCUGCCGCCGAGACCCGCGCCACGAUCGAGAACGCUGCAGCGCGCCGAAAAUGCUCCUGUAACGUCCGGAGUGCGGAAGUACGUCAUCUGGUGUCUGAUAUGCGGCGGUAUUUCCUGCCUGCUCGGGAUCCUCUUUCUCGGGAUCUACUUCCUGCUGCGCUCUUACACCAGUACCGUGGGCUACUUCGAGACGGUGCCCACCUUUGUUCCAGCCACCUUGCUCAUGGUCACUGGAAUCUGUAUAAUGAGUUUAGCGAGGAGGAGGAACCGGUAUAGCUAUCUUAUCAAACUCUCCGGUGCAUGCGGGUUGGCUUCGGCGCUGACCUGUGCCCUGGUAACGGUCACGACGACGGUUCUGCACAUGAGUCGGCUCCAGGUGCUCCGGGAGUGCGAAUACACGCAGAAGACACGCACCUGUACCUGUUACUCGGUGACGGCUGAGAAACAAGCGGAAGGCGUCGACGACAAUGUGCGAUUCGUGUUCGAUUCCACGUCUGACUGUGGCGUGGUUCAUGGUGCUUUGUACUCUUGUCUGAGAGCUGUGUUUGGCCUUUCGGUGGCUGGAGUGCUGGUGGCAGUUUUCAGCUGCAUGUUGGUAUAUCAGCUGCUCAGUCAUGAGCGCAAGAAAAUGUACUGGGAACAACUUGAACUGAGGUGCAGAUCUUUGUACUCUGGCCAGCAGGGACCCUCGGUGCUUCCAUCUGGACCUAUUUUGGGAGCUGCUAGGAAUGGCAACUGCAGGUGCUGCGAGCAGUGUCAUGCCCAUAGGAAUAUGAUGCCUUCCGCUUAUCCAUGGGAAGGUGAUCAACGCUUUUGGGCUCCGGGUCAAACGGGAAAUUUUUAUUCACCCAAUCCGGGGGGAGAUGAAAAUGGUGGGCCCAAUCGAAUAAAUCAAAAUAGUCGUCGAAUGCCGGGAUGGAGUUGGCCUAGAAUGCCCUGGCAGAGAAACGACGCCCAACGUUUGUCACCCCAUAGUCCAGACUCACAGUAUGGUUUCUCGAAUAGAACCACUGGUCAGGAUCCAGCGGUCAUUCCGUCGAACCAGCCUCGAUACAAUGUUAUCGAGCAACAGUACGGCAUCUGGGGACCUCCGCCACCUUACAGCGAUCCAAAUAGUCCCGCACGUAGAGGCCGUUAUCAGUACAUUCAUCCAGCCCAGUGUCAACCCAUGCUGGAAGCAGCUGCCCCUCCUAGUAACAUAGCGAUUUUGGAGUGUCAUCAGCAUCCCAUAGCAAACGAUAAUCAUUCCAUCCAACAAUUCAACAAUCCAACUCAAUCUAACGCAUUUAGAAAUCCAGGAAAGCGACAGGUUUUCAAGCCAGCUAAGGACAACUACGAGAACACUCCGUCCGAUAGUGACGGACCGAGGGACCGAUUCUCGAACACGCUACCGUUGAGAAAAACGAAGAAACGCGUCGAAGCUGGUGCAAAAAGUAUAGGACCAAAUCAACCGGCUUCGCGAGUAAAUGUUCAGAAUGUUUUCAAUCCAAACGCAGGCGGUGGUGAGCCACAAAAUUCGGUUGAAACAUCGGAGAAUGAAUACAAUGAACCUUCGCUACCGCAUAAUGAGGCAAGCUGCAGUGUUCAACCCACGGCAAUGCACGCCAAAACGAGACGAAUCAAAGCCGGGGUCGAGAAUACUGGCUUUCAAACUGUAGAAGCUCUAGAAGCUGAAGUGAUGAACGGAAAAGGGCAAGAUCCACCAGAAUCGGAAGUUUAUUUUGCCGAUGUGAGUAGUUGCUGUAACAUUUCUGUGAAGAACGACAACUACUAUGACGAAGCUAACCAAAGAAGAAAGAACAUGAAAGAGAAAAACAAACAACUGCAAGAACAGGACCAAUUCAGCAAAGACCAAGCGGAUGAAUACAUUGCUCAGCGUUUCGGAAAAAGAGAGCCGUCCGUCCGAAGCCGUUUGCCUCUUCCACAGAUCAUUCCUGAAACGUACGAAAAACCAAUGGUGAUGCCUCGUUCAUCGUUGAUGCAUAAAGACAUUUCCCGCCAAAGUAUGUGUUCCGUAGAAUCGGGUGAAAAGACCGACUACACCGAUCUCUCGCCUGCCACUCCCAGUACAAACUUCCCUUCCGUUACAUAUCCUCAACCAGAGCCCAGCAAUAACUUCAACAAUGUCAAUCAACUCAAUGCUGAAUCGAGCAGCUCUCCACUCACCGGUCGGGAUUAUCUGCUUGAACCGAACAGCUCCAGCUUCAUAGCUUCGUACCCGUACUCGUCGAACGAACAAAGCCAAGAAGCUCACCGUCGGUCAACGAAAAACCUCCAGGACAUCUUUCUGGCACCCGAUUCGCAGUACGAGGUAAUCAAGGACAGCAACAGCAAUAGUAGUAAGUACACAGAAUCCACCCCGCUAACUUUGUCCUACAUGACUCAGCAGGACAUGACGGCACCCUUCGCGUACAUCCCUAGCAAGAUGGGUCCACCGACGGCGACUCGAGAACUGUACCAGCACCAGCACCCCGUCGCAGCCGUUAGUCCAUCGCAACAACAGCAACAGUUCAAGCCGAAAUCCCCCAAAAACCUCAACAUAACUCCCAUCAAGCGGCAAAGUUUGGGGACCAACAUUAGUUCGAUCAUUCAGAAUCUGAGCGGCAGUGAUGUAGGCCUUCUUUACCCGGAAGGACGACACAGCCAUGGGCCUGGAUCUUCCGGAAUUGCUACCACUGGUAGUAGUAGUAGUGGUGGUGGUAAUAACAACCCAAAUGCUGGUUGUGGGGGACCAAGUGGACUGCGGGAGUUCAACCCGAACCAGGCACAGCACGACGACGAGGACAGCAGCAACGACGAGAACAACGUUUCGGAUGUAAACGAGAGGCAUCGAUCUUGAGACGAAGUGUAUGUUUGAAGCGGAACAGGCGCGCUGAAAAAGUGAACCACGACAGGUUGAUGUAUUUGAGAAAAGGUUAGAUAUUGUUCCAGUUUUGAGAAAUCCAAUUCAAAGAACCAGAAACCAGUUCGAAGACCUAAUUAACGCAUUUAAUUUGACAAAGCUACCUAGUUUUUAAUUUGAUUACAGCAACAAUGGCUAUGAUUACAGUUUUUGAAGAUAAAUGCAGAACAAAAUACAAUGAAUUUACCUUUAAUAAGGUUUCAAAUGAUUUCAUGGAAAAAAAAACUAUGAUUUCGAAUUGGAGCCAUUUAAAAAAAACUUUUGAAGCUUUGCGUAUUUAUUCCAAAAACCAACACUGUUAAAACCCAGAAGGUAAUUAACUUGCUAAAUUUCUAAAAUUAUUCAUUCGUUCAAAAUUUUCAAAGUGACGAUUCAAGAUAUUUUCUAGAGAAAAAACACAAUUCUAAACCCCAAUUGAAUUGUUUAUCUGAAAUCUGAAUUCAGAACCUGAAUUCUGAACCUAAAUUCUGAAUCUGAAUUCUGAAUCUGAAUUCUGAAC